AUGGCACUAUGGGGGUGUGAGCGGCUGAGAUUCCCAAUCUCAGUGGACUUCCUUCAUUUCAAGAAAUUGAUACUCAGAGGACUUCCAGCAAUUGCCACAUUGCCAAAGUGGAUAGAGCAUUUGUGUGAUGAUUUAGAAGUGCUAGAAUUUGGAGAAUUUCCCAUGCUAAGAGUAUUUCCUGUCUGGCUUUCAGAUUUCUGGGACCUUCGACUUCUUGGGAUCUCCAACUGCCCUAGAUUGCCAGGUUUUCUUCCUGAUCUAGAUUCUUGUGAAAAUAUGGAGGAAUUGAGGGUCACGUUCUGUGGAUCCUUUAGCCAAAAAGUUGUGGAGGAAAUCAAUCAUCAAAAUCAAAAUCUCUCUCAGAUCUCUACCAUUUAUGUUGACUCCAAAAAAGUGAAGCCGCGAGUAGUAUCAGCAGAUGAACACAAGGCAUCAGGUGGAGCUGAACAACCUGAAGAAGUAAGUGGUGUCCAUAAGAGUGAUGGUGAUCAUGUUGGAUCCAAUACUGAUGUCCAUGNUUUGCAUCAGCUGUCAUUUGUCGACUGCAACAACAAGGAUUUGCCCGGGGCGACAUGUGAUAAAAUUUGUGUUCUUUCCAUUCCAGUGGGAGGAGAUGUGGAGCCAAAGAUCAAUGGAGUUCCUCUUUUCAAAUGCAUCACCAAGUUCAGGGAGCUAAGGGUCUUAUACUUAUGCAACUCUUCCUUGGAAGAAAUUCCAACCUCCAUCGACGCGCUGAAACAUUUAAGGUACUUAGAUUUGCGAGGGAGCCGACGACUCAAGAGGUUGCCAGAGUCUAUUUGCAAGCUACAGAGCCUGCAGACCCUGAUACUUGCAUUCUGCUCAGAGCUUGAAGAGCUUCCCAAAGACAUAGGGAACUUGAUCAGCCUCAGAUUCUUAUGGAUACAGACAAAGCAAGCCAGCUUGGGAAAAGAUGGCAUAGGAAGCUUAACAUCGCUUCGGUUUUUCGCGAUCGGAGGGAGCAAAAACUUGACUCGCUUGUUUGAUGAUAUUGACAGACUCAAUUUGCUUCAAACACUAAUCAUUUAUGAUUGCAAAUCGCUGCUAACAUUGCCAAAAGGCUUGGAAAGCUUGAGUACGUUGUGUAAUAUGGCACUAUGGGGGUGUGAGCGGCUGAGAUUCCCAAUCUCAGUGGACUUCCUUCAUUUCAAGAAAUUGAUACUCAGAGGACUUCCAGCAAUUGCCACAUUGCCAAAGUGGAUAGAGCAUUUGUGUGAUGAUUUAGAAGUGCUAGAAUUUGGAGAAUUUCCCAUGCUAAGAGUAUUUCCUGUCUGGCUUUCAGAUUUCUGGGACCUUCGACUUCUUGGGAUCUCCAACUGCCCUAGAUUGCCAGGUUUUCUUCCUGAUCUAGAUUCUUGUGAAAAUAUGGAGGAAUUGAGGGUCACGUUCUGUGGAUCCUUUAGCCAAAAAGUUGUGGAGGAAAUCAAUCAUCAAAAUCAAAAUCUCUCUCAGAUCUCUACCAUUUAUGUUGACUCCAAAAAAGUGAAGCCGCGAGUAGUAUCAGCAGAUGAACACAAGGCAUCAGGUGGAGCUGAACAACCUGAAGAAGUAAGUGGUGUCCAUAAGAGUGAUGGUGAUCAUGUUGGAUCCAAUACUGAUGUCCAUGAGAAUGAUGCUCAACAUGUUGGAUUCAACAACGAUGCUGGAGUUAAACCAAAACAAGAUGGUAUUGGUAGUGAUAUUCAUGAAUCGAGUGGUGUCCGACAGGAUAACGGAGCAGCUGAAAACGGUCGUGUUGGGGCUGGACAAACUGGAGAAGGAGAACACGACCGAGCUACGAAUGAUGAUCAUCAUGAAGCUAGCAUUGGUAACGAUAUUGGGACCGGACAACAGGCUAAGAAUGAUAGUCAUGCUGGUACUGGACAAACUGUUGGAGAUAAAGCGGUCGGAGCAGAACAGGUUGAUCCGAACGCCGGGACUAGACACAUCUUAAGAACAAAACAUGAUGGAGAUACAGAGGACAGUCAUGUUGGGGCUAAACAAACUGCAGAAACUAAAAAGGAUUUGGCUGGUGAUGAUAGUGAUAUAAAUGCAGGGCAAAUUGAAGGGGCAAAUGUUGGUGGAGCGAAUGAGAAUGGCGAUGGCGAGGUUUGUUUGGGUGACAAUGACGACGCCGGAGCUGAACAAGGUAUGGUGGUUACAUUGGAGGGUUUCUAAGGAUGUGUUCGGAGAGCGAUAUGUUUAUUAGGUAACGACUUUACUUCCCUUCCCUUGUGGCAAUGUUAAAAGGGGUGGUGCUCUUGGGGGUUGCUCCUCUCACAAGUUUGAGCUACCCACCUAGUUUGGAUGUAUCACCUCAUCUUAACAACUCGUGACAGUCA